GGAGAGUGAGAUGAGAUGAGAAGAUUGAUUGUUCUUACCAUUGAAAUUGAAGGUGAGAUGAGAUGAGAUGAUUAAUGGUAAAAGAUCGGGGGAAAGAGAAUAUUGACAGGCGAGGCAAGAGGAGCCAUCUAUCUGCCAAUCUGGGGCUGCUGAAUCAUUACCAACUGGCACUGUGGUUGUGGAGAAGACGACACCCUUUCCAUUCCAUUCCAUUCCAAUCGAUAUAUAUAAAUAGCAGUCACUCGUCGCCUACAGUAAACGCUGCUGUGGCGGUCGGCUAUUGCGCUGGACCAACUCCCACACCAAUAAAUGCUCUCUGCCCAACCCAACGCUCCCUUCCUCUGAUUUUGUUCCACCGACGCCGCAGCCGCACCGCUUGAAGGAAUACGCUGCUUCUUUUCUAGAUUGGAUUGUUGGGUGGUGUUUUGGAUCUGACGGCUGCGAUCAUAUGAUGUCGUCUGGAAGGUUUAUGGCUUACUCGCCGUCGCCCUCGGCGCCCCACUCUCCUCACAUCACCGCCGGAGGAAGCAUCCGUUCCGCCGCUUCUUUACUCGAGCAGGAGAAUCCAAUUGACAGGUAUCUUGCAGAGUUACUAGCAGAGCGCAACAACCUGAAUCCAUUUUUGGGCGUGCUCCCUAAUAGCUGCCGAUUGUUGAAUCAGGAAAUAUUGCGUGUUACUACACUGUUGGGGAAUGCAUCGAUUUUAGAACAAAGUGGGCUUGAACAUGCAAGCCCCCUGGCUUCAGGAGGAAUAUAUUCAAAUGGAGGAGCUAAUGUGAACAGAUGGGCAUCACCAUUUCAAUCAGAAAAAUAUAGUGCGCAAUUGUCCAAUCUGAUACAGCCGUCUUCUGCACAAAACUGGCUUAGUUCCCAUGGUAGUUCUUCAGGUCUUAUUGUCAAGAGAACAAUCAGGAUUGACAUUCCAGUGGAUCAAUUUCCAAAUUAUAACUUUGUGGGGCGUGUCCUUGGUCCUCGUGGAAACUCUCUUAAACGAGUUGAAGCAACUACUGAAUGCCGUGUCCUGAUUAGAGGUCGUGGCAGUAUCAAAGAUCCAACAAAGGAAGAGAUGAUGAGGGGAAAACCAGGAUACGAGCAUCUCAAUGAACCUCUUCACAUACUUGUUGAGGGAGAACUGCCGGUUGAGAUUAUUGAUGCCCGUCUGAUGCAAGCUCGUGAGAUACUUGAAGAUUUGCUCAAGCCAGUGGACGAAUCUCAAGAUUUCUACAAGAAGCAGCAGCUAAGAGAACUGGCUAUGCUUAACGGUACCCUCAGGGAUGAUAGCUCUCAAAUGUCAGGUUCAGUAUCUCCCUUCCACAACAGCCUCGGAAUGAAAAGAGCAAAAACUGGGGCAUAAAAUCGGUAGAUCAUGUCUUCUCAUCCACCCAACAGCAGUUCCCAUGGUACCGGCCUCGCUGUGUCACAGCCAAGGCUCUUAACUGCCAUCGGGCGCUGCUACUCUCGACUGCUGGUUUGAAAGUCUCUCAUAAUAAUAUCAAAGUGUGCUUGGUUAUGCAGUGUGGGAUAAAUCUAGUAGCAAAACAUUUUAAUGUAGGAAUAAUGGUUUCUUGGUGUGGGGCUUGUGUAGUCUAGUCUCUUACGUUUUGCCUGUUGUCGGGGAGCAUCUAUCCUCAUCCUAUUAUUUUAUUUGUUGUAAGUUUGAUAACUUGCUGAGCUUGUUUUGAUUAUAGAUGCUGGAAAUGGAUCCUAUGCUAUGUAGCAGAUGUCUGAUAUAUUAUUAUUCAUUGUUUGAAUCCUAUGAGUUUGUUUUAA